GGUUUUUGGACGACGUCGCAAUCUAAAACAUUGUUAUCUACUAGUCUCUAUCAGACUUCUUGAGUUGCUGGUAAAAUUGCAAUUGGCAGAAUAAGUUGCCACAGCUGAUGAUCAUGCUGUAUAUCUAGAGUUGUAUGGUGGCAAAGUGGUUUAGCGAAUUCCUUCAACAAAUUCAACAUUUUUGCACGAUUUUCCCCUGAACCCAAGUAGUCUCGUAGAGAUCAGUGAUAAUGUAUAUAUGCAUCUCUAAGUCUAUACUCUACAAAAGAGAAGAAAAUUUGCCCCCAAACAGACAAGCCAAAAGAAAAGGUCUACCCCUUACAAACACGAUUACCGCGCCUGCGCGUCAACAAAACCGCCCCUGCCCGUUGUUUACCUUCUCCUGCCAUUCAUGCUCGUUAGACCGUGAAACGAUGUCUUCCAAGUAUAAAUGAUAAUCACUAAGGUAGGCUUUGAUGAAGUCUGCGGUUUUGGCGCGAAGUCUAUAAACCGCGUGGCUCCCCUUCAAGACGCCUUGGCUGGCGUAGAGUCUAUAAUUCCGUGAGGUGAGGUCAGAAGGCAGUGCCCUAGAACUCCGGGUGGUGUCGCCGUGCCCUCCACAGCGCGUGCCGUCCUCACUCCUACUGGAUGAAAUCCUCGCCAAUCGACGUAACAUUGUGCGCACAUGAGGCGGAGACAAUACCGUCGGGCCUGUAUAGCACCCAGGAAACCUUUCAGGGAUCAGAUGUCCCUUGUAUAGAGGGGGCCUCUAUUGCUUUCGUUGGGUGACGUUAAUUGUAUGCAGCACCGAAUGAAGAGAUACGUCGCGUCGAACGCCUUUGUGAAGUCCACGUGAGCAGUAAAGGUCCGAGCAGGUAUAAAAGCGUGGCAAGAACUGAAACUUUGUUAUUCCGUGUUUUAAACCUCGUGGGUGCACUUCGUGUUAGUGAUUUCUUUUUUUUCAUUGGCAAGGGCUCUCUUCGUAUUUUCUCACACGAUGUCGCGAUCUUUCCUCGUGGAUUCACUUAUUCAAAGGGACAUGUCACCGAAGUCGACUCAAGCGACGGCGUGCGUCGGGCACCGAGGCCCCCUCAGCCCGCUGACGGCGGCCCAGCUCGGGCUGUACCCGCGGAAGGACGCGGCGAUCUUCGGACAGUGUCUCCUGUGUGUACAGGCGACCACCAGCCCCCCGACGACAGGACACAGCCACUUUGGCGUGCCGAGAACAUCCGUGCCCACCACCGUGCCUUCCUUCGCGUCCAACCUGCCCACCACUAUGCCCACCCCCGCACUACAAGGCAUCUCCUACGCCAUCUCCAGGCAUCACACACCGGCCACAUCAGCCUUUCUCAGCCUACCUUUCCCCUCUGGAGUGGCAUCAGAUGGUCUACCCCGAGACAGCCGACGCAUGCGCACAGCCUUCUCCAGCACGCAGCUCCUGGAACUGGAGCGGGAGUUCGCCUCCAACAUGUACCUAUCGCGCCUGCGCAGGAUCGAGAUCGCCACGUUCUUGAACUUGAGCGAGAAGCAGGUGAAGAUCUGGUUCCAGAACCGCAGGGUCAAGCACAAGAAGGAGGCGCGCGCCGCCAGCGGGUCACGUGACUCCUGCCACUGUCAGCAGCACCGCGCAUGCGUCACCAGAAGGCCCAGCGGACACAGCGUCACGGAGGAGCAUGCGCAGUGUCACAGCGAUGAGAACGCGCAGACAAGCGCCUCCACAGGGACUGACGUAGACGUCAACUAGUCCGGACUCUUAAGAUUUCUUUCAUACUUUCUUAUCACAAAGACUAUCAGCAAAAUGUAGUUUAGCGAUCUGUACUUUCGACUAGUGGCUUUCUGUGUUUGCCACUGUACGUUACUUUGCGUUGUCGUAUUUAUUUUGUUGUGUGCGUUUUGUGCUUUUGUUUUGUAUUUCUAUGUAUCUGUUGGCUUAAAAUGACAAGCGCUGUAUAAAAGAAGUGCCUUACAGGAGAGGGUCUUGUUCAAUGAAUAAAGUUUUGCUCUGUAAAACUUGUGUAAACUGUGGU